AUGUCACCCGCGACGUCGACGCGCGGGCAGACGCUCUGGCAGGCCUCUAGAGCUCUACAGGACUCCAAUGUCGCGAAACCCUCCCUCGAUAUCCUCCUCUUCACCUCACAGCUAUCACGUACGCUGGGUAUACGCGGUAUGCGGUACAUUACUGCUGUUCGGAACCUACUAUGCGACGGUCUCUACUCUACGGGGGGUGGCUCCUGCGUUUGCGAGGUCGAGGCGCGGCUUGAAGGGGAGUACCGUAUGAUAUAUGAAUACUAUGCCACCACAUAUAUGCGGUCUGCUGCUGGGUAUGGGCCCAUAGCUGUGCCGUUGCUGUUCGCGCGUACGAAGCGCUCGCUGGGUGUCCAGGCCGGCGCAGCUACUAGAGAGAAAAGAAACCUGACGAUGCCGUUGCAGGUAGAAGUUCAACGGAAAAGAGCGUAUAUGGUCGCGGAGAGCUUGCUGGAUCAAGUUAUUUACCCGCAUUCUUACGCUGAGUUUCUGGAAUCAGGCAAGACGCCGGAUGAGUUGGUGAGGAUCUUAGAGAUGGUGGAUCUGGCUUAUUUACCGGAGAGAGAGGGCGGGUGGACAACGAGGAAAGAGUGGAGGGAUAUGGGUAUGGCUAGGCUGCUCUAUCAUCGCCCUAAGUUUGCCGUACUGGACGAGUGCACAAGCGCUGCGUCCAGCGACGCUGGGGGCCGGAUGUAUGAACGUGCAAAGUCACUUGGUAUCACCCUGAUCACCAUAUCUCUCAGUUGGCGAUGGUCCGCCCGUUGGACCCUCUCGCGUGUGGGAGCGGCGGAGCGUGAGGUUAUCUCGCUGGAGGCCAGACUGGCGGAGGUGGGCAAUUGGGAAAGAAGGGUGAAGGAACUUGACGGCUUGCUAUCGGCGCAGGAGCCUGCAGACGGCGGCACGGUCAUCGUGUAA